AUGGCUUCCGAAAAGUUCGCCAACCCGCCCCAGCGGCCACCGGUGUUCAGCUAUACUCCCGAGGAGAUAAGCGCCACGAUUGAUAAGAUCGUGGCUUCGAAGCGAGCUACCAUUGACAAAGUCGUCGCUUCCACAACUCCCGAGACAGCCACCUUUGAAAACACCAUGAAGCCCAUGCUUGCCCAUGACGACGAGACGGUCGGUGAAAACUACAGAAUCUGCUUUCUGCAAAAUGUCCACGCCGAUGCCGCUGUUCGCGACGCCUCUCUCAAAGCUGACGGCAAGAUAAGAGAGCUGGAUAUUGAGCUGCGAAUGCGCGACGACAUUUUCCAGCGCGUCAAGGCUAUAUACAACAACAGAGCCUCGGCUAACCUCGACACCGAGUCUGCCACCAUUUUGGACAAGGAAUACACUCAGUAUGUCACCAAGGGCCUUCUUCUCCCACCCGGUCCCGAGCGUGACCACUUCAAGAAGCAGCAGCUCGAGCUCAGCCGCCUGUGUCUCGAGUCCCAGAACAACCACAACAACGAGAUGGGUGGUGUAUGGUUCACUCCGGAACAGUUGGAGGGCAUUCCCAAAACCGACAUUGAUGUUGAUGAACUCGAAAAGGGUACAGGGGAGAACGAGGGCAAGGUCAAGCUCGAUUUCAAGUACACGACCUCUACUCCCCUCCUCAAGUAUGCCAAGAAUGAGACCACUCGCCGCGACUAUUUUAUCGGUGAAGCCAACAAGGUCAACCAAAAUGUUCCUCUCUUCCAGACCAUUGUCGAGUUGCGCGACGAGACCGCCAGACAAGCCGGCUAUAGAGACCACGCUGACAUUACCAUCUCCGCCAAGAUGGCUAAAGACUCUGAGAAAAUCAAGUCUUUCCUGGCCGACCUCAGAGCUCGCGUUGGCGAUGGCGGGCAGAAGGAAAUUGCUGUUCUCCGUGAUUUGAAGAAAAAAGACUAUGCCGAGCGCGGCGUUGAAUUUGACGGCCAAGUCUACGCCUGGGAUAUUGGCUACUACUCACGAAUUCUCAAGGAAACGGAAUACAGCCUCGACGAGAAUGAAGUGGCCGAGUACUUCCCGAUGUGGAAGACCUUCAUUGGCAUGCUUGAAAUAUUUGAAAAGAUCCUCGGUCUUGAAUUUGUUGAGCUGGACGAAGCAGCCAAGGCUCGCCUUAGCCCUACCGGCAAUGCCAAGGACAUUGUCUGGCAUGAAGAAGUGGUAGUUCUCAGCGUGUGGAACGAUGAGGCCUCUGGCGGCGAGUUUGUUGGCUAUCUGUUCAUUGAUCUUCACCCGCGCCCCAAUAAGUACGGCCACAAUGCCAACUUUUCCCUCGGCCCCGGAUACGUCAAGGCAGAUGGCACCAGAAACUACCCGGUCACUGCUCUGGUCUGCAAUUUCAGCCGCCCCUCCCAAGGCCGUCCAGCUCUACUCAAGCACGUUGAGGCCGUUACCCUCUUCCACGAGCUCGGCCACGGCAUUCACGAUCUCGUCGCCAAGACUAAUACGUCGUACUGCCACGGCACCCAGGUCAUGUGGGACUUUGUUGAGGCUCCUUCUCAGAUGCUGGAGAACUGGUGCUGGACACCGGAUGUUCUGCGAAACCUCUCGUCCCACUGGGAAUCCGGAGAGAAGAUCUCCAAGGAUCUCAUUGACAAGUUGAUGAGGACAAAGCAGCUCAACGAAGCGAUGGGAACUCUGUUCCAGAUUCUUGUCGGAACCUUUGACUUGACUGUCCACAGCCCUGGUUCUCAUGAAGCGGUGAAGCAACUGAACUGCGGCCGCUUGUGGAACCAACUGCGCGGCGAAAUCUCCGGGGUCAAAGGACCGGAAGAUGUCGGCUACGGCAUGGAAUGGGGCAACAAGCACGCCACCAUUGGCCACUUUGUUGGCGGCUACGAUGCUGGAUAUUAUGGCUACCUCUACUCCAAGGUUUUCUCAACCGACAUGUUCUACACCGCCUUUAAGGAGAACCCGAUGAGUGGCGAGGCCGGCCGUAGAUAUCGCAAGCUGGUUCUGGAGCGUGGCGGUAGCAUGGAUGAGAAUGUGAUGCUCAAGGAGUUUCUGGGCCGAGAGCCCAACCCCGAGAACUUUUACAAGGACCUUGGCCUGGCAUGA